AUGUUCAACAUCUUCAAGCAAACAAAAGUCGCACCACGCGUGGUGGCCGGAGAUGAGGUGGCCGAAUUGACCUUCUUCAACAAUACCCUGCUCCUGCAGACGUUCGUGCUGCACUCAAUCUGCUCGGCUCCGGAGGAACAACACAAUUUCGUCCGUCCUCCCCAAACCACCUGCGCAGCCCGCCAUUGUUUGCAACGCCGCGCACCUACGGCCCCUUCUCCAAGCAAGCUGGACGACUACCUGUACGAAGACCGGUCAGUUGUCGGCCUACACGUCGUCUCCUUCCAUGAUGCGACAGUUCUCACUCUGAACUGGAUACAUGCUGCUUUCGACGCCACAGCCAAGAAAUCCAUCCUUGAUGCGUGGAAUCUGGUUAUGCUGGGAAGAGAAGAUCAGAUUCCUACCCCGGUAAGUUACAGAGACGACGCGCUCAAGGUCAUUGGAAAGAACCCUCUAUCGCCACAUACGCUGGCGGACCGAAAGACUUCCACGUUGGGGAUGAUCCGCUGGGCGCUAAGCAGUGUCACGGACUUGUUCUUUCGCAGCCAGGAGACACGCAUUAUUCGUGUACCUGCUGGAUUCGUCGAGGACCUGCACGCGGUAGCAAUGAGGAGCUGGUUUCUUCUUCGCCCGGACCUGUGUCGCAUCUAUCUCAAUAUCCAGACCGAACAGUCUGAUAUGCGUCCAUUUCUUAGCAGUAUUGACGGAUCUAACUCGCCAUUCAAAACGCCUUUUCCGCCCGAAAAGUGCUGCAACGGUAUCUUCCCGCUGACCAACCGUUACAUCGCCAACUGCGGCUUCUUCUUCAACGUUCUCCUCCCUAUCAAAGACGUCCUCGGGCGACCGCUGAGUUAUACAACAUGGCAAAUCCGACGCGCCAUUAAGCAGCAAACGACUGCAGAGAAGACGGAAGCAUACUGCGCGCUGCUACUGCACAUGCUGAGCUUCUCAAACUGGACCAAGAUUGACUUCUUUGGGUUGGACUUUUCGGCAGCCGCCUUAAAGGGUGCUGGUCCGGUGAGGCCGAAGUAUAUCCAGAAUGUCCAGACACCUUACAAGUUCACCGAGAUGUUCCCUAUUAUCGGGAAAGAUGGGCAGGGCAAUUACUGGCUUAGCGGAACGAGGACAACGCAGAAUUGGGAUAUCAUUGAGCAGGCGCUGAGGGAGGAGAGCCCUAUGACUGGGAGUACCUAG